AUGGGCGGAAUCUCUUCGGCGAUUCCCAGCGUCAUGCGCCGCAACGACAGCUUCCCCGGAUUCCCCAGUCGACAGCUCCGAACUUGUGCGGCGGCUCUUGCUGUCGCAAUCAGCCACCAGACGUACGGCGAGCAGCUUGAUUGCAUUCACGUCAGCGCGGCGCUCGUACGAUUAGCAAAGAUAUAUCGCAAUAACGCAGCGGAACUUACUGUCCCUUAUGCAGCUGCGCUGGCGGAGGCGGAGGCGGCGCCGCCGCCGCUAACAGCGCCUGUCGGCAGCGGCGGCGGGGCUAUUAGAACAAAAGGCAGUAGUAGUAGUGGCGGCGGAGGCGGAGGCAGAGGAGCUAGAUUUGCCAGGGCGUGGAAGAGGGCCCGAGGAACGGGGGAGGCGUUGGCGGCGGAGGGAGCCGAGACGCCGAUGUGGUUGGUGACGGCGGAGGAGCGGCGGCUCCGUCGAAGCGUCGCAGAGCGGCAUCCAGGGGGCAUGCGCCGGUGCACGGUGCUUACUGCGCUACUGCCGCCGCCAUCGGCGCUACUGCCGCCGACUACCGGCACGGUGGCGGCGGCGACGGCGCUACUGCCGCCGACGACCGGCACGGUGGCGGCGGCGACGGCGCUACUGCCGCCGACUACCGGCACGGUGGCGGCAGCUGUUGUUGACCAUGUCGCACGACUGCUCGACUCCCUUUUGGUACGGAUUCCGGGCCUUAUGCCGCGCGCGUGCUGCCGUACAGUGUCCAACAUGCUCUGGGCGCUGGGUGUAUUGCAGCCGCUGGCGGCGCCGCGGCCUCAAUGGCGGCGCCGCGGCAGCGGCGCCGCCGCUGUUGGCGUGCCGCGCGUCGCUGCGGCGGCGUCCACUUUAGCCGCCAAGAUGCGGCACUUUUGGCGGGAAGCCGGUCCGCACUCGUUAUCCCUUGCACUUUGGGGGUUGGCGAGGUUGGGGCUGCGACCCAAACCGGUUUGGGUGGCGGAGCUCGAAUUCGCUAGCGGCCGACUCUUACCGCGUUUCAGUGCCCGCGAACUGAGCUGUUGCCUCUGGGCGCUGGCGACGCUGCGUGUACGACCCGAUGCACUCUGGCUGGCGGCGGCGCAGCGUUCCGUGACGGCGGCACUCGCAGCUCCCGACGCCAACCUUCGAUGCGUCGCUACCCUGCUCUGGUCCCUUGCCGUACUACAAGUACGGCUCGAAGGCCCGACAGCAGCGGCCAUUACGUCGGCGCUUGCCGUGUUUCUACAGGCUGAGUGCGGCGGGGGCGGCAGCGGCGAUGAUGCCGUACCCGGACUUCUGCCGUCGAUUUGUAUGUCGUUAUGGGGCUUGGCGCGGUUGGGGUUGCGGCCUCGGAGCGAGUUGCUGGCGGAGUGGCGGCGUGCCGCGUCGGGUCCGCUGCUGGCGGCGGCGCCGGCGCGCGCGGUGUCGUGCAUGCUUUGGUCACUGUCGCGGCUUCGUUGCGCCCCGCCAGCGGCGUGGGUGGACGAAGCGGCGGCGGCGCUCCUGGCGCGUGCCCUAGAUGGACGGCUAGGCUGCCAGUCCUUGUGUCUGGCAGUGGCGGCACUGGCGCAGCUGGAUUCUCGUAUAUCGCCGGAAUGGCUGCGGGCAUUUUCGGCGGCGGCGGCGCCGCUUGUACGGCAUCUGGAUCCGAGUGAGUUGGGCGUGGUGCUGCACGGCAUGGGUCGGCUCGCCGUCCGCUGCGGCGGCUGCAACGAAGCUUUAGCGGCGGAGUUCCUGGCCGCCUCCGACGCGGCGGCGGCGGCGGCGCUGUCGACGGCGUCUGCAGAUGACGUGGCAGGCAUUGGCGGCGGGCUUGCGAAUUUGGGCGCGGCGCGGAGUGUACGAUUGCACGACGCGUUUGUGAGGCACACGGCAGGGCUGGUUCAACUGCGCGCGCUGGCGCCGCGGCACGCCGCGGCCUGUCUGCAGUACUUCGUGGCGUCGUCGCCGCGGCAUGGGUCCGUAGCGAGUGCCCAUGCAGCCGCCGCCGCCAGUGCUGGCGGUGGCGGCGGCGGUGCCGCCAGCGCAGGAAGACCAGACGGGCCCCAAACCGGGCCAGACAGCGGACGGGAGCUGUGGUACGACACCGUACGUGCGCGCGUGCCAGAUGACACGAAACAACCGCUUCCGCCGCCACAGCCUCCGCCGCCGCCACGUAAGCUCGUCGUUGCAUUGCUAAUGGCGGUGCUGACGGCGCCGUUGGAUCAGUACGACGUGUUUGACGUCGGUCAAGCGUUGUGCGCUGCGGCGGAGCUUGGACUCAAGGCAAGGACGCCGGCGGCGCGAUCAGCCGUCACUGCCGCCGCCGCACGAGUUUGCGGCCAUGCACCCGGCGCCAACGGGGUACUGCGGCUGCUGCAGGGCAUGUACGGUCUCCGUGUACGGCCGCGUACGACAUGGCUGACGCGCGUGGCGUCCCAGAUUGGCUGUCGGCUCCGUUCUCUGACGGCGGUGGAGGAGUUGGAGCUGCUGCUUCGGCUCCUGGCCGCGCUCCAGUGGCCGUCGCCGGCGGCGGCGGCGGCGGGAGCUGCCCACCUUGCGCAACAGCCGCCGCCGCCGCAGCAGCAGCAGCAGCCGGCGGCGCCUGGGGAGGAGUUAAAAGGGGAGGACGACUCAACCUUAUCCUCUUCCUCCGCUCUCCUGGCUCUCCUUCGUGCCGCACAGCCAGCCCUGUCCUCCGCGCCCAUCCAGCACCUGCUACAGCUUGCAGCAGCCCUCGUUGCAGCCUCCACCACAAGAUCCACCGCCGCCGGGGCGGCGGCGGCGGCGCCAGCGGCGGCAAUGGCACCAUCGCGCACGUCGCCGCCGCCGCCGGCGGUGGCGCGCCUGGAAUUUCCCCACGGCUGGAUGCCGGCGUUUGAAGGUGCUACUGCCGGCAAGCUUUCGCAGCCGUGCGUGACGGCGGCCAGUUUGGUGGAGCUCCUAGCGUGCUUUGCGUGCUUUGGCCAUGCACCGGGCCCAACAUGGACAGCUGCUUGGUACGACAGUACGGCCGAUCGAUUCCGGAGCCUGCGUCCAGCGCACCUCUGCAUGGCGCUGCACCUCCAGCGGCGGCUGGGGCUGCGGCCGCCUCUGCCGUGGCUCCGGAACCACGCGGCAGCGCUGAUGGCGGCGGUGGUGCCGUCGGCAACGGAGGCGCCGUUGCCGCCGCUGGAGGUGCUGGCGGCAGUGGCGGAGCUACAGCGCCUUGGCCUUGACGAUGCGUCGGCGCCGUUGAGCGGCAUGGUUGCGACGGCGGCGACGCAACUGCGCGCGGAAUUGGUGGCGGCGGAGCCGGCGGCCCAGUUGGCGACGCUGGCGGCGCUGCAGGCCAUCCUUGACCCAGGGGUCGCGGCGCCUGCGCCCCAUGCCGAAGGCUGGGCGGUCGGCGUCCUUGCGAUGGCUCAUAGCGUCAUUACUCAGCGGCCGCUGCACCUGUUUCUGGCAGGGCUGCGGCGCACCGCGGUGGCGCCGCCGUCACUGUCGGGGGAACUCGACGACGCCGCCGGCGGCGGCCAUGGUGCCGCCGCGUCCCCUAGGAGCUCGGAGGCGAUUGUAACGCUUCUCGCGUCAAUGGUACGCUGUGGGCAUGUGCCCGAUCAACGAUGGAUGUCCGGCAUUGUACGACACAUCUGUCGACAGGCUGAGUCGAUUGCCGCCGCGGAUGGGGGGGACGGCGACGGGGCUAGCGGCAGUGGCGGCGGCUGGCCUGCCGCCGACGUCGCGCGUGCCGUGUGCUGCCUGGCGGCGCUGGGCUACGUCCCCGAUGCGGCCGUGGCGGAGCGACUGCAACAGCUGCUACAGCCCGUGCUGGCGGAGCGCGACGGGCUAUCGCCGGGUCUGGCGGCGGAGCUGUGCUGCGCGUGGGCGUCCGUACGGCGGCGGCCGCCGCCGUCAUGGUGGUGCGCGGUUGAGGCCGGCGCGCUUGCGCCGGCAGCGCUGGCGGAGGUCCCCCAACCGGCUUUGGUACGGCUACCGUACAGCAUGAAGCAGCUGGGUCACUUGCCGUCGUACGAAUGGCUCGCAUGCUACCUGCCACAUCUCUCCAUCGCGCUGGCGGCGGCGGCGCCGCCGCCGCCGCUGGCUCACUCCGCCGCCGCCAGCACCACUCGCGCAGCGGACCUAGCCAACUUGGCCUGGGCGUUAGGAUCUGCCGUACACGACGGCGGGUACCCGCCGGACGUUUUGUCGUCGAGCGCUGGUCUUGUUGGUGGAGGGCCUGGCCAGGGGCCGCCACCGUCUGCCCCCGGAUUGGGUGACUGCUUUUGCGGGACAAGUGACAAGACAGCUUCAUGCAUGCGGCGCACUGCGCAGCUACUGCCGCCGCUACUUCGCUCCCAGGAGGCUUAUCGCGUCGAUGACCUGGCAUGGGCUGUAGUGAAGUUGGACCCUCGGGGGGCCGUCGCGGUGCCGUUCCUAGAGCUGCUACAGCGGCAACGCGCCGCCGCGGUGGCGGCGGCUGCAGAGUCGUCGGCGUGGCGCCGUCGCGCCGUCGCCUGCAGCGGUGCUGCUGAUGGCGCCAGCGACGCCGCCGAUGUGGAAACGCACCGUAGCGGCGGCGGUGGCGGCGGCGCCGCCGCCGCGACGUUACGUCGUACAUAUGUACGGCGGCGGCGGCGGGGGCGACUGAGCAAGUCCCUUGACAACGGCACCCACGGUGACAUCGCAGCCGCGGCGGCGGCGGCGGCGGCGGAUAUCCCUGCUGACGGCGGCGCCACACCGGCUGGUUCCUUAUCGCCAGCGGAAGCGGAGGCAGUCAAUGAUUCCGGGCCAGCGGCAGCUGUACGACGCGUCCAGCGUGCAAAUGUCGCACCAGGCACGUUCGAUAUGUACGUGUGUGUUUUGUACUUCACAAUGCGGCAGAUCUACAUGUCCAGCGGGAAGGGUCGCGGAUUUGACCUGUUCUGUGCACCUGCAACAUCCAUAUCGCGCGCGGCGACCUUCACAUCACCGCUUAGGGCCGCGGGUGCCCUAGCACAACUCACCCGCGUCGCACUGGCGGCGGCGUCCUCCCCUGUAGCUCACAGCGCUCUUCACACCGCCGCGCCAGGCAGCCCUCAAAGCCUGACCAAACAGUCCGACGUCAGCAGCAGCGGCGGCGGCGGCGGCGCCGGGGGAACUGACUCAGGUCCCAGCGGCCACGGCAGCGGCGCGCCAUACCACACGCAGCAUAAGUACGGCAAACGAUCCUCGGACUCUGGCGGCGUUGCCGGCGGCGGCGGUGUGGGCCUGGGUUUUCUGGUGUCGCUGCCGCCGCCGAAGGGAGCUUCUGUAUCUGGCGCCCCGGCGGUGGCGGCGGCGUCCUCCACCUUCCAUCACCACCUUCCAUCACAUCAACAGUCCGCUGCUCAGCAGCAGCAGCAGGGCACAACGGGGUCGCAGGGAUCUGCAGGUCGCCGGCUACAGCAGCUAGGACAGCGCCUUAACUUCGGCCUGGCACUGGGCCGCAAAAAACACGCAACGUUCGCACCCGGACUGUCCGGCGGCGGCGGCGGCGGCGGGCAGCAGCUGUCGUAUCCCGAGGACGCCAGCGGCGCUGGCGGCAAUGGCGGCGGCGGCGGCGGGUACGCCACCACGGCGCUGCGGCUCAAGCGCGACGGCAUGCCCCCUGCGUCGUACAUGUGGCUGUGGCUGGGUAACUUCAAACGCUGGCACCGCCGAUAUUUCGUGGCUUCGGAGGCGCCUGGAAAGCUGCUCAUCUACAAGCGCGCCAACAUGAAAGGAAAGGUUUGGAGUACGAGUCUGCGCGACGCCGCUGUCGUACAGGACGACUCGCACCCUCGUCAGAUUCGCUUGGAGGCCCCCUCCGGCGCUAUCUUCUUGCGCGUGCUGCGCCCCGAGGAGCGGCAGCCUUGGAUUGCGUGUCUGCGGGAGUCCCAGGAGCAGUACCGCAAGCACAAGGAGGUGGUGGACACGCUGGCGGCGGCGGCGGGGGGCGAGGGGGGCGAGGGGGGCGGCGCGGACACACAAUCUCUCCCCCCCAUACACAGACACACAAUCUCAACACCCAAUCUCCCCAACGUCUCCCCCCCCUCCCCCGGUGCAGUGGAGCAGGACGCGGAGCAACGCCGUCGCAUCAGAGCUCGUCUGAACGACCGACUGGCCGAGCUGGCCCCCCUGGUUUCGGAGGUGGAGCGACACCUGGUGCUGGUGGGGCACCACUUGGCUGGAGCGGCGGCGGGCAUCGCUCACCUGACGGCGCCGCUGACACAGUUCAACUCCGUCACGCAGCUCAGCGGUCGCGGUUUGCGCAGCCCAGGGCCGACGGCGGCGUCGGCGUCGGCGGUGGCGGCGGCGGGGCCGGAGUUCUACGGGGCCGGACAUUUUCCUCCGGCAGUCAUCACCACUACCACCACCGCCACUGCCGCCGUCACGAGCACCGCACCGCCGCCGCCGCCGCCGCCUCACCGCGCUGCCUCGCCCUUGGUAGCAGGGGGUGGCGGCGGCGGUGGUGGUGACGGUGCCGCUGCUGCUGCUGCUGCUGCCUGCCACAGUGCCCCAGCGGCGGCGGCCGCCAUGGGCAGGCCGUCCGCCGGCGGCGGCGGCGCCGGCCGACGCCCUGAGACGGCGGCAGCGGCGGCGGCGGCGGCGGCGGCUGGGGGACUGCUGCUGCCGCUUACCGUUUCAGAAGCCGAUGCGAUGGCGGGGUUGCCUGACCGCGGCGCCCCGAGCCUUGCGGGUGCCAUAGCUGCGUUGGUUGACGCCUUCCGUGCCACCCUACACAACGACGCGGUGCGGAUUGCUACCUUGGAGGCCGAGAACGCGGCGCUGAAUAAGACUUUGAACAUAUUACGUGCGAACACGCAUCGCAAUGCCACGCGGACUCGCGGCGUGAGCACACCCGGCUUCAACCCCAACGGCCCCGGCGGCGGCGGCGCCGCCGCCCCCGGUGGCGGCGCCGCCGCCGCGGCCGGGUCGCAGGGACCCGCCCGCAGCUCGGGGUCCGUGCCGGCGGUGCCGAUGGCUGGCGUCACGUCGGCGUCAGGAACGUCGGCAGCGUCGGGGGGCCCUGGCGGGGCCGGCGCUGGCGCUGGCGGCGCCAUGACCGCUGCGGCCGUUAUGAACGACGUCGACGCGGCCAGCGAGGGAGGUAGCGCGUGCACUGCCGACGAGGACGCCUUCGAUGUGGUGGAGGCGUUUGAUGAUGGGGUGGACUACUCCAUCCUGGAUGACGACGCACCGCACCUGCACCACCGCCUGGGAGUGGACGAUUACGAGCCGCCGUACGUGCAGCACGGCAAUUACCCGGGGGCUGCGGACGAGGAGGAGAGUGACGAGGAUGCUGAGGAGGACGCCGCGGAGCUCGCUCAGCAGGCCGAGGUGCUCAACGCGCUGGAGGUGGUCCGGCAGGUGGAGUACAUCACCGCCGCCAACGACAACAACGCACAACUCAAGACGCUGCUCACCGCGGACUCACCGCCGCCACCGGAUGCCGAGGAGGAGGAGGAGGAGGAGGAGGGCGGCAAGGCCAAACACAAGUCCUGUGGAAAGGGCGAGGUGCGAGUGGGGCCGGGGGAAAAGACGAGACGUCAAGGGGAGGGGAGGGGAGGGGAGGGGAAGCAAGGGGAGGAGAAGCAAGGGGAGGGGAGGGGAGAUCGGACCCGGAUGGCAGCCGAGGAAAAAGUCCUCCGCUUCCACUUUUACUUUAGCAGCUGCCGCGCCAUCCCGCUUGCACUGCACCCGCUUGUACAUUCGAUUCCACUGCCACCACCAUAA